AUGUCGUCGACUUCUGGAUUUUAUCCGGAGCCGCUCUCCGCAACGACAAAGUCGUCUUCCUCCCAGUCACCUCCCGACGCAAAUGCCGGCUCUUCCUCGAAGCACCGAAAGACACGGCGGGAAAAGCCUCGUAUCGAGCUGGCAUCCGAUCAACCACUUACAACCCAAGGAAAGCUCAGAUCGAGGGUUUAUGUGGCUUGUAUGCAGUGGCGAAUAAACGACGAUUACGACGAGAGUUCAGAAGAUGUGAUUAACAUUACUUCUGAGCCAUCCCUCGACUUCACGCGUAAAACCUGGUGGGAUUCACUCCUUGUUAUCUAUGCGUCGUCUUCGCCCGUCCAUGUACCUGCUUUAACACUAUCAGAACGCAAUCAGGCCUCAAAUUUAAUAACACGCGACUUACGAUUUUUGUUUCGUUCUUCUAACUACUGGUUUUCUUUUUUUAAUGUCCCCCGCUUCUUCUCCACGUAUUUCGAACCAGAGAAACGAGAUCAGAUGCAACCGAGCUUGGUAAUAGCCGCGCUUGCAAUUGCAACUUUUUUCCAGAGCUCAGAGGCCGGAUUAGGAGAAGAGGGGCGAAAGAAGGCGUUGAGGUUAAGGGAUAUUGCUCAAGGCUCAUUAGAGGCCAGCUUAAAUGGUAGAUGGAUUGACGAGACAUUAGCCCAAGCUGCAUGGUUGCUCGCGAUGUUUGAAGUUUGCGCUCAUCCACUCCACUCCACUGAGCGGUCUGCAUCUUCUAUGGUUAUGCUCGACACAAUUAUCCGCAGCCUUUCCUUGACAUUCCUUGAUGCGAAUGACCCUCAUGCCUCUAAGUUUGCCCCUCGUACUGUUCCUACAGUACCCGUCGCUCAUUCUAAUACUUCGUGGUCACCUUCCGAUGUUCCACCUGCUUAUCCCAUUCCCCGCACAUAUUAUCCUUCCUCCGGGGUUAAUUACAAUUAUAGUUCAACUCAAGUCUCUACAAGCUCCACCAAAGUAGACAAGGGAUGCUCUUGCGCAUCACUCUCGCUUGGUCAACGAUGGUCGGGUGCAAGCGAACAUACGCCACUGUGGUUAUCUACCCCAGCGUGGGACGAAAACUGGACAGACGGUGAAAUUAGAAAGGAAUCAUGUCGAAGGUUGUGCUGGAGCGCAUUGAUGCUCACUGCUGGACAUAGUUCCUACACCAACUCUUGUAACCGAUUGGGUCCUGAAUUGUUCCUGGUCGAGCCAGCCAAUUACGUGCUUUUAUUUCCAGGCGAAGCUCUCACUCGCUCACAAGCCUUGACAUCCAACCAAUCUCCUAAAGAUACAGUGUGGGCACUUUAUUACAGAACGAUGCUAUUGUGGCAUAGUUGUUUGGGUAUACGCCUCGACCCGAACGCUACGGAAGAGGAAAAGGCCCGGUUCGGUGUCAAUGCUUGGUUGGAAGCAGAUGCCCUUGAUAAAGCCCUGGAUAGUCACACGUGUGGACUAGAGCGAGCAUUUUUAUUCCAGGGCCGAGAAUAUCUUUUCAAUGUACGGAUGUGUAUUUCUUAUGAGUUUCAGCGAUAUAUUCCACUUGCCACUGCCAACGCUAAUGGCUUAUUUCACCGCACUAAAGCAGAGGAAUGGCUGUCCCACCAGGCUAAUGUCGCGCAACGUGUCGUACAUGCUAUGCAUACAGUGACCGGCCAGGCCUCCAAUACGGUCGUUCAUCGACCAUUCUUCGCAUUCUGGUUUAUGAGCCAGAUUAGCAGAGCUCUAUCCCUUUGGGAGUGCGAUAACUCUCUUACUAUUGCCCUCGAAGUGUGUAUGGCGUUCCUUAAACCCAUUGAUUAUCUUAGCACCUUGUGGCCCUGUGAAGAACAACGUUCACGGUGUCGAAAGCUGCGCGAGCAACUAACCCGCGCUUGCUCUAUUGCUGGUCGGCCACCACCACCUCCCCCGCCUUCUUUCGAAUAUUCGCCCACUUCCGUGCCUUAG